GCGCUGGGACGCGGCGAGCGCCGGGCGCUGGCGGUGACGGUGGCGGUGGCCGAGCUGGGGGUGCUGCUGGGAUCGCUGGACCUGGUGGCCCCCGUCCUCUCCGUGUUCUGCCUGACGUGCUACCUGUGCCUGAACCUGGCCUGCGCGCUGCAGGGGAUGCUGCCCUCGCCCGGGUGGAGCCCGCGCUGCCGCCUCUACCACUGGGCGCUGUCGCUGGCGGGAGCUGCGCUCUGCCUGGCGCUGAUGUUCGUCACCUGCUGGUUCUACGCGCUGCCGGCGCUGGGCAUGGCAGGCAUGAUCUACAAGUACCUGGAGUACCAGGGCGCGGCGUCGGAAUGGGGCGAGGGGCUGCGGGCGCUGUCGCUCAGCGCCGCCCGCUUCGCGCUGCUGCGCCUGGAGGAGGGCCCGGCCCCCACGCACAGCUGGAGGCCGCAGCUGCUGGUGCUGCUGAAGCUGGACGCCGAGCUGCGGGUGACGCAGCCGCAGCUGCUGGCCCUGGCGGCGCAGCUGAAGGCCGGGCGGGGGCUGCUGGUGGCCGGCUCCGUGCUGCCCGGAGACCUGCUGCAGGCACACGGCGAGGCGCGGGCGGCCGAGCAGGUGGGUCUGCGCCGAGGGGAUCCGAUGGGGUCCCAGAGCAGCCCCGUGGAACCCCUCGGUGUCCUGUAGGAGCCUGUAGCGUCCGUAUAGCGUCCUGUGAGGUCCUGCAACAGUUCUGUGGGGUCCUCCAGCUCUCUAUGGCAUUUUCUGUGGGGUCCUCCAGCACUCUAUGGGAUUCUGAGGGGUCUUCCAGCACUCUAUGGCAUUCUAGGGGGGUCCUCCAGCACUCUAUGGCAUUCUGGGGGGGGUCCUCCAGCACUCUGUGGCAUUUUCUGUGGGGUCCUCCAGCUCUCUAUGGCAUUUCUGUGGGGUCCUCCAGCACUCUAUGGCAUUCUUGGGGGGGGUCCUCCAGCACUCUGUGGCAUUCUUGGGGGUCCUCCAGCACUCUGUGGCAUUCUUGGGGGUCCUCCAGCACUCUGUGGCAUUUUGGGGGGGUCCUCCUGCACUCUGUGGCAUUCUGUAGGUGCCCACAGCCUCAUAGCUCUGAGACUUUGCCCCAUAGCCCCACACCCCAUAUCCCUCC